AUGAAUCUCAACAGCGAACGUCGCGUGCACCCCCGCUGCAGCUCGCUUCUUCGAAACGCCUCAUAUCCCACAACCACCCUAACCUCCUACACCUCCGUCGAUUCCCUUCUCUCGGUUUCUUUAAUCUCGGUCCCGUCCGACACUACUUCGUCCCAAGACUCGGAUGAUUCCCGCUCGAGCGCAUCCGACACCGAACAAUCUUACCGCACCUUUUUUUUCCCCACGCAGUUUUCGAACUCGUCGCAAACUUCCAUCAGCUCUGUCGAGAGCCUUUGUGAACCGUCCGUAAAGCAUGUUAGUCACUGGCAAAAGAGUUGCACUGAACAGGCCAAGGGCGACCGUCUUUUGAGACAAAACCCCCGGCGCACAAACCGCUCAGCGACCUCUCGUACCGGACAUCCGCCCUCUCUAGUGAGACAAGAUGACCGCAAAGUUAACUUCGUUGACACCGUUGUCGAUUCAGCCACCUUGACCGUCGAAGCCAUUUGGCCUUUGUCUUCGGCCUGCCCUCGCAACGGCAAUGGAGCGAAUCCGGGGCUUUCGCUGCGCCAGUUUAUCCAGGAGACGCUCAAGCGCUCGCGUUCCAGCUAUUCCACCUUGACGGUUGCACUGUACUACUUGAUCCUGAUCAAGCCCCAUGUCCCUGCCUGCGACUUCACCAUGGAACAGUCUCGCGAUUGCCUCGAGAACCCGGGUCUCCAGUGUGGGCGCCGCAUGUUCCUUGCUGCUUUGAUUUUGGCUUCCAAGUAUCUGCAGGACAGGAACUACUCGGCAAAGGCCUGGAGCAAGAUCUCUGGCCUCAAUGUCAAGGAGAUCAACCAGAAUGAGAUGGCUUUCCUCUUGGCGGUCAACUGGAAGUUGCACAUCCCAGACCACUUAUAUGAGCGGUGGACUGAGUGCAUGGCCAAGCUCAACCCGUCGCUUCCACCCUGCUCUGGUUCUGCAGCCCAGCAGAUCUAUCAGCAGCAAUGCGCCAACUACAAGAACGCUAUCCGCAAGUUGACUCCAGAGUUGGAUAACGUCGAGGAAGUGGCCUCCUGGUUCCAUCAGAGAUCGCCUGUUAUUGUGCCGGCUGUCGCCAGAUCGCUCUACACGCCUCCGUUUGAGCGUUCUUCCCCUUUCGAGAGCAAGGUUGAGUGCCGCGCUAGGAUUCCGGCUCCGAUGGCAACCCCUGCUGUUAUGGAACCGAGCCCUUUCGCCGUGCAAGCGGAGUGCCGCAUGGCUCCGGCGCUUGGCUUGCUCCCGAGCCCCCGUCCUACUCCUCAGCUGCGCGCAAUGACCAGUACUCCUGCAGUGAGUGCUGCGUCUUGUCUUCUUGCAAAGGGCUCGUCGAUGGGAUAUGCUAUGCAGCAGGUCUCGCACGCAACGGCUGCUCAGCUCUCGGAUCGGUGGCCUUCGGCUUCGUCCCCCCCUUAUCUUACCCGCCGUUCGUCUCUUGCCAACAGCGUCUCUACUGCGUCUUCCCCCGAAUCCAUGGUUUCUGAUUCGUCGCAACUGUCCCGAUCUUCUUCUUUCUCCGCUACUUCCGUGGAAAGUGCGCCGUCGUCCGACUCGGAUGCUCAGGCGCGCUACCAGUAUGGAAAGCAGGAGGGUGAGAAGUAUGGUCUACAGCCAGUUGUUGUUUCGGCUCACGAAACCUAUGGAGGCAAUACCUUGACGCUUUCGCCCGAGUCCUGCUACAUGGAUCCGGCCGGCCAGAACCUCAAUGACUACAAGGUCGCUGCACUUGCUCUUCAAGACUUGCGCCGUCAGGGCAGUGAUUUUCCGGCUAGAGCGGGAAUGAAGCGUGCUAGGGCUCCUUCCACCCACAAGCCUCUGCAGGACAACGUUCGCGACCUUCUUUCUGGCAUGGACUCUGUGAACCCAUCUCGCCAGAUGCCGGUCCGCUCCUUCUCCGAUGAGAGUUACAAGCGGCUCUGUUUCUCGGUGGAAGACGCUCGGCCUGCAAUCCCAUCACUUCAUCCCGCCAUGGGUGGUAUCGGUGGUCCCGGGAUGUGGGAUGGGAUUCUUUGCUAA